AUGUUGGAUUACCUCUUGUCGAACAACCACGUCAACUCCAUCAUUGUGCACAAGUUCGACUUUUCCGAUGAAGAGGUGAUGGCGUAUUACAUAUCUUUCCUGAAGACGCUCUCGCUCAAGCUCAACAAUCACACCAUCCAUUUUUUCUACAACGAGCACACCAACGAUUUCCCCUUAUACACCGAGGCCAUCAAGUUCUUCAACCACAGCGAGAGUAUGGUGCGCAUCGCCGUCCGUACGCUCACCCUCAACGUCUUCAAAGAAGCUAAUGCCAGCAGGCCCGAGGGCAUGCUGCAAUCCAAACAUAAGAGAAAAAACGGACGUGUGGAGGACAGGGCAAUGCUGAAGUUCAUCCGCGACCGGACAGCCGCGCCGUACUUCUCCAACCUCGUCUACUUCAUCGGCAAGCACGUUCUCGAGCUGGACAGCUGUGUCACGCACGCCGAGCAUGGCAACAGCACGCGUCUGUCCGACCUGGUCGCCGAGCACCUGGACCACCUGCACUACGUGAACGACAUCCUGUGCCUUCGCAUUGAAGCCCUGAAUGCGGUGCUCACCGACCACCUCCUGAACCGGCUCCUGGUGCCCCUCUACGUGUACUCCCUCGUCCAGGGACCCCACCCGUGCCUAGCGGAUGACCGGAAGAAAGUCAGCAGCAUAGUCUCCUUGUUCCUCCUGUCACAGGUGUUCCUGAUAGUGUCCCACGAGCCGUUAGUCAGGCAGCUGGCCAACAUUAUUCUGAACCGAGACAUGAAAGUGUUCACCGCGAGGGCCAAGGACGACUCUGCCUCAAACAAGAGCGACCUGGGCAGCGAGCCCGAGUUUGUGGCCCCCGAGGAGACGCUUGAGAAGAGCCUGGAGACAUGGACGUCCGUGGCGCCAGCGAGCGAGGUCGACAUGAGCGCCGAGGAGCAGGGUUGCCACGGCGACCCCCCGCAUGCGAACGGUUCGGCCGCCGCGGCAACACCAACCAACGCCUACCCGCACGGCCUUCACCCGUCGGUGCCCUGUCACCCCGAGGACGGCGAUCACUCGCAGCCGGCAUCCUCGACUGACUGCGAGGUGAACCCCGCGUACCUUCCCGACGGCCUUAACAUCACGGACGAACAGAAGGCCCAGGCUGUUCAGAGGCUCAGCAUGGCCGCCCUGGAACAGCUCAGUCAAGGUUGGCCCCUCUGUGAGAGGCCCUUCUUGGCAGCCAUCUUGAACGCCCUGGACUGCAGUGAAAACGACCACCCGGCAUUGUUUGCACUGUGUCUACUCUACGCGUUGGGCCACAACCCAGGCAUCAACCGCGAGCUGUUGGACACUGUGCUCAUGCCAUCACUGAAUCCGGAGACGAAGCACUGGUACAACGUUGCCCUCAUGGACAAGCUGAUCCAGAUCAUCGCCUUGAGCUGUAAAUAUGGAAGCAAGGUGCGACUGGCGACUCUGGAAAUGUCUCUGCUGCUGCUUCGCCAGCUCGCCACGAUCGACGGUGAGUCGUGCCUCCAGGACCACCACCUGGCCGGCUUGGAGCAGGCCAAGGAGGAGAGCACGCUACUGCUCAGGAAUUUCUACAAGAGUGAAGAGAUGUUCCUCGACAUGUUUGAAGACGAGUACCAGGAGAUGAAGAAGAAACCGCUCAAUGUGGAGUACCUGAUGAUGGAUGCGAACCUGCUGCUGCCACCCAUGGGGACGCCCAUGUCGGGGGUGGAGUUCCACAAGCGCCUGCCCUGUGGCGAGGUGGAGAGGAUGCGAAGGGCGAUCCGGGUGUUCUUCCUCCUGCGCGAGCUCUCGCUAUUUCUGAGCAACGAUCGGGAGACGCAGCUGCCGCUCACAAAUUUGGCGAGCUGCGUCAAGGUGGACGACGUCCUCGACCUGAACAACAGUGACCUGAUCGCCUGCACGGUGGUGAGCAAGGACACACAGAAGAUUCGGCGCUUCAUGGUGAUCGACGUGGCGCAGCUUGUUCUUGUCGAGCCCGAUGCUAAGCGGCUCGGCUGGGGAGUGGCCAAGUUUGUGGGCUUCCUUCAGGACAUUGAGGUGACGGGUGACAAGGAGGACAGCCGGUGCCUACACAUCACGGUGCACAGCCGAGGCUCAGCGAGCCGGAACGCGAGCGGCCCCGGGAGCGUGCCCCUCCUGGCGGCGCGGUUCCUCUUCGACGACCACAUCCGCUGCAUGGCGGCCAAGCAGCGCCUCAACAAGGGGCGCAUGCGCGCACGGCAGCGCAAGAUGCACAGCAUCGCCCGCCUGCUGGACCUGCCGCUGCAGCCACCGUCGCCCCUGCGGCACCACCCACACACGCCAAGGGCACCUUGCGGACCGGCAGCAUCUCUGUCGGCCGCGUCGAGUUUGAUGCACCGGAGUCUCUCCCAGGACACGGGACUCCGCGGUCGGGCUGGCACCGCGGGCAGCGCAGGGCCUCCCCCGCACCACCAGCCGUACAGGCCGCUGUUCACGACGUCCUCGAAAGUGCCCGGCUUCGCCACGGCCCGCUCCGGGCACCGGGGCAGCGCCGGCGACAUAGAAGGUCGGCAGCGAAGGCGUUCGGGAAGCAGCCCCGUCUCUCGCGGCCGGUCGACGUCGCGGGAGUCGUCUCCACGCCUCGGUCACCGGUCGCGGGACCACUCCGAGGAGAUUCCUCUGGAAGACCUGUCGACCAGGGUCACGGGCAGCCCAUCUCCCGUGCAGAUGAGGCCCUGCUCCGGCAGUCCCGGCGAAGGCAGUUCCAGCGGCGUCUGUAAGAAACCGCGCUCCGAAGAGACAGCCAUGGACCAGGCCGUCGCGGCCGUGCCAGAGGUUGUGGCACCUCCGGUCUCCCUGGUGGUCACUUCGACGGAGUCGACGGACAUUGAAGUGCCACUCUUGCUUCCUCCCAAAGAAGGCUCCGCCACCCUCCUUCCAUCACCUCCAUCAAGCGUCGACGAGACGGGCGAGAGUCCGGCAACCGAGUGCCGGAAGCCAUGCUGCUUCAGCGAGACGUCGUUCUCGGAAGAGUCCGGCGGGGCGGAGCACUGCAAUGGUGACUUCUCGGAGGACACGACGACACCGACGUGCCGGUCGUCCUCGGACGAGACGACCGUCCUCGGCACAGAAGUUGUCGACGAUGGCUUCGAGGCAACGCUCACGUUGGCCGCGACAUGCAAGGCCAAAGGUGUGGUGCACACGGUCUGACAAGGACGGAGCGGCCCGUCACACCACUCGGGCCUCUGAGCUUCUCAAUGCCAUCUGUCUAUAGUACGCAGUCUGUAGCGGCAGUCUAUCGCCCACAGUUGCGUAGAAAGUACGCUCCCGAGCGCUGUGGUCCGUGGUUUGCGAUUGCCUCGCAUGGGUUUAAGAGGAGGCAUUAUCUCUGGUACCAAAUCGGGUAUUCCUAUUUGAAUGCAUUGUAAAAUGCCGAGAGUGGUUCCAUUUUGAUGAUUCAGUAGCGAAACGCUAUACUCUGUUUCAUACAUCAGGUGCAACGCUGUGGAAGCUGUGCACAAAGUUCAGUCAGCAAAAUGCAUAAGUCCAUGCAUCUCGCACUUUGAUUUCGUCAUUUUAAGCGUAG